AUGGCGGCGGCUCGGAGACGCGCUCGGCUGCUCCUGCACUUCAUCAUGUCCCAGUGCUUCUGCGCGUUCGUGGCGCACGGGAUCAAACCGGGGGCCAAUAAUAAUAAUAACCUGCAUCCUCCUCCUCCCGUGAUGGUACCCGUGAACCGGCAGCUGAAGCUCGGAGCGCCGAAUCCGGUGAACACCGGAGGCGCGGUGGCGGCGGCAGCGGCGGUGUCGCAGGCGAGGAGGAGGGCGCUGGGCUGGAGGCUGGCGGAGGAGGAGGCCUGUCGGGAGGACGUGAGCCGUCUGUGUCCGAAACACACCUGGGGCAACAACCUGGCGGUGCUGGAGUGCUUACAGGACCGGAAGGAGGAAACUGAAAUCGCUUCUGACUGCAACCACCUGCUGUGGAACUAUAAACUCAACUUGACGACCGACCCUAAGUUCGAGUCUGUAGCAGUUGAAGUGUGUAAAAGUACAAUAUCUGAGAUUAAAGAAUGUGCAGCUGAAGAGAGAGGGAAAGGCUACCUAGUGUCGUGUCUGGUGGAUCACCGUGGCAACAUCACAGAGUACCAGUGCAACCAGUACAUCGCGAAGAUGACCAGCAUCAUCUACAGUGACUAUCGUCUCAUAUGUGGCUUCAUGGACAAGUGCCGAGAGGACAUUAAUGUCCUGCACUGUGGGAGCAUCACCACCGGGGAAAAGGACUUGCACUCUCAAGGGGAGGUCAUCGCGUGUCUGGAAAAAGCUGUCGUGAGAGAAGCUGAGCAGGAAGACAAGCAGCACCGAAUCCGAGACGACUGCAGGAAGGCCAUCAUGCGAGUGGCCGAGCUCUCGUCCGACGACUUCCAUCUGGACCGAUACCUCUACUUUUCCUGCCGGGACGAUCGGGAGCGUUUUUGUGAAAACACUCAAGCUGGAGAAGGCAGGGUUUACAAAUGUCUGUUCAACCACAAGUUUGAGGACGCGAUGUCUGAAAAGUGCAGAGACGCCCUGACCACCAGGCAGAAGCUGAUCGCUCAGGACUAUAAGGUCAGUUACUCGCUGGCUAAAGCGUGUAAGGCUGACCUCCGCAAAUACCGCUGUAACCUGGACGCCAACAUGCCCCGAGCUCGAGAGGCCAGACUGUCGUACUUGCUCCUCUGCCUGGAGUCUGCAGUGCACCGAGGGCGGACGGUGAGCGGAGACUGCCAGGGGGAGAUGCUGGACUACAGGCACAUGCUGAUGGAGGAUUUCUCCCUCAGCCCAGAGAUCGUGCUGCACUGCCGGGGCGAGAUCGAGGCUCACUGCUCCGGCCUGCACCGUAAAGGAAGGACCCUGCACUGUCUCAUGAGGGUGGGUCGAGGAGACAAGGAGCCGAUGGACAGUCAGUGCCAGAACGCGCUCCAGGCACUCAUCCAGUCUGCUGACCCUGGCGCUGAUUACCGCAUUGACCGCGCUCUCAAUGAAGCGUGCGAGUCUGUUAUACAGACAGCUUGCAAACACAUCCGCAACGGAGAUCCCAUGAUCCUCUCGUGUCUAAUGGAGCAUCUCUACACGGAAAAGAUGGUGGAGGACUGUGAGCACAGGCUGCUGGAGCUGCAGUACUUUAUCUCCAGAGACUGGAAACUCGACCCCGUUUUGUAUCGGAAAUGCCACAACGACGCGUCCCGGCUCUGUCACACAAACGACUGGAAUGAGACGAGCGAGAUGAUGCCCCCGGGUGCUGUGUUUUCCUGCCUCUAUCGUCAUGCUUAUCGGACAGAAGAACAAGGCAGACGGCUCACCAGGGAGUGUAAAGUGGAAGUCCAGAGGAUCUUGCAUCAGAGAGCUUUGGAUGUAAAGCUGGACCCAGAACUCCAGAAACGCUGCAUGACUGACCUGGGGAAGUGGUGCAGUGACAAGACCGACACUGGUCAGGAACUGGAGUGUCUCCAAGAUCAUCUGGACGAUCUGAUGGCAGACUGCAAGGACAUGGUGGGAAAUCUGACCGAGCUCGAGUCUGAGGACAUCCAGAUUGAAGCACUGCUGGUCCGAGCAUGUGAGCCAGUCAUCCAGACCCACUGCCAUGACGUGGCCGAUAAUCAGCUAGAUACUGGAGAUCUGAUGGAGUGCCUGGUGCAGAACAAACAUCAGAAGGAGAUGAAUGAUAAGUGUGCUGUCGGAGUGACUCACUUCCAGCUGAUUCAAAUGAAGGACUUUCGCUUCUCCUACAAGUUCAAGAUGGCAUGCAAAGAUGACGUCCUCAAACUGUGUCCUAACAUUAAAAGGAAGAGUGAUGUAGUGAUCUGUUUGAGCACCACUGUAAGGAACGACACUCUGCAGGAUGUGAAGGAGCAGCGCGUGUCCCUGAAGUGUCGCAAACAGCUGAGGGUGGAGGAGCUGGAAAUGUCAGAGGACGUUCGUCUGGAGCCUGAGCUGUACAGCGCGUGUAGGAAGGAUAUCGAGAAGUUCUGUCAUGAGAUUUCUUUCGGGAAUGCUCAGGUCACUGAGUGCUUGAAGGAGAAUAAACAGCAGCUGUCUCACGCGUGCCAUCAGAAGGUGUUCAAGCUGCAGGAGCUGGAGAUGAUGGACGCUGAGCUGGACUACCAGCUAAUGAGAGUCUGCAAGCAGAUGAUUAAGCGUUUUUGUGCGGAGUCUGAUGCCAAGAACAUGCUGCAGUGCCUAAAACAGAACAAGAACAGCGAGCUAAUGGACCCCAAAUGUAAGCAGAUGAUCACCAAGAGACAGAUUACUCAGAACACAGACUACAGGCUUAAUCCUGUGCUACGGAAGGCUUGUAAAGCAGAUAUCCCCAAAUUCUGUCAGGACGUCCUGAAAAAGGCAACCGAUUACAGCGAACUGGAGGGCGAGGUCAUUUCCUGUCUCAAGCUUAAAUAUGCAGACCAGCGUCUGUCUGGUGACUGCGAGGACCAGAUCCGUGUGAUCCUGCAGGAGUCGGCGCUCGACUACAGACUGGAUCCUCAGCUUCAGCUUCAUUGCAGCAGGGAGAUUACAGAGUUGUGUGCAGAGGAAGCUGCCGCCCAAGAACAGACGGGCCAAGUGGAGGAAUGUCUAAAGACCAACCUGCUGAAACUCAGACAGGACGCUUGCAAAAAGGAGGUUUUAAACAUGCUCAAAGAGAGCAAAGCGGAUAUUUUUGUCGAUCCAGUCUUGCACACAGCCUGCGCCUUGGACCUGAAGCACCAGUGCGCGGCGAUCCCCCCCGGCCGAGGCAGACAGAUGGCUUGUCUGAUGGAGGCUCUCCAGGACAAGCGCGUCAGACUGCAACCCGAGUGUAAGAAAAGAUUGCAGGACCGAAUAGAAAUGUGGGGCUACGCAGCCAAGGUGGCCCCAGCUGAAGGCUUCGCAGACCUGGCUUUCCAAGUGUUGACGUCCCCUUCCAAGAACUACAUCAUGUUGGUGAUCGCGAUGGCAGUGGGCGUGCUCUUCCUGGCGGGAGUGUACUUUCUCAAUGGGACACUAGGAUUCAGAUUUGCCAAAACCUUGGACUGGAAGUUGGAGAUGCAGAAACUGGAAGAGUUCUGAGAAUCACAGGACAGAAGUAAACAAGCCCUAAUUCUAGAACUGUCCUCACAACCUUUUUUUUUUUUUUUUUUUGUGCAUUUACAAUUUCUCAGGUUCUACAGUUUAGUUUUGAUCAGAUGCUCUGUGUCACAACUUGCAGGAAGUUUAAGGAAUGCAAGUUAAAUCAUUUUCAUUUGCGAAGACUUUUAAAUUAAUUGCAAGCAUUAAGGCGUUCAUGCAAACAGCUUAAGUUUAAAUAUUUUAUUCUAAAAUGCGUCCUGAAGAUAAAGAGUGUGUUUGUAACUUUUGGAGUUGGACGUCGCAUUAUAAUUCCUGUGAUUAGUAACAAAUAAUUAAAUAACCUUGAAAAAUGAAGGAACACAAUAGUAACAUUAAAAUGUCAUAGAAUGGAGAUCUGGGAUUCUGCGCAAGCUUAGAACAGAGGAACAUGAAGUUUAUACAGUGGUACCUCGGCAUACUCCUAAAGAGCUGAAAAUUUUGGAAGAAAUUGGCCUCUGCAUGCAAAGUAUUUUCGAGCGACCGGACCGACCCGAACACCGUUCUAAGUGUGUCUGGAGAAGUUUGUUUGCGCCAGAAAAAAGCCAAGUGAAGUUUUUAUUAUUUUUUUUACUUUCAGUUUUUUGAUUUAGUGAAGAUGUAGCACUACGGUUCCCCAUUAAUGUUAUCAAGGGCGGUAAAAAAAAAAAAAAGUGAGACACUUUCAGCUUUUUUUUUUUUUUUAAAGCAGCCGGUGCCAAGAGGAAUCAUAAGGUUAUAGGAGGUUUAAUUGAAGUUUUUUUUUCAUAUUAUACUUUAUUUACAUUUCUCUUCUAAAUGUUUAUUUGUUUUUAUAUACAAAAACAUGAUUAUAGUCAUGGAUAAGUGGAAAUUGAUAUUAAUGUUAAUAUUGGUAAUAUUUUUGGGUGGCUCGAACAGAUUAUCUGCAGUUACAUUAUUUCGUAUAAGCAAAUGCGUUUCACAAUAUGAAAUUUCACCUUAAGAACUCGCCUCCAGAGCGGAUUAAAUUUGUAUGCCGAGGUACAGCUGUAUUACUGUUCCGUGGUUUGGGAAUCCAAAGUUACUUAUUUACCAACUUUUUUUAACCAGUCUGCAUUCUCACACUUAUUGAGUCAAAACGUCAAGAUAUGAGAGAAAACAGUUUUGAAAUCUUUCCCUCGCUUUUGAGACAUUAGCGAGAGCGAGGCUUACUCCAGUUUAAGAACAAAAGUUAUUUUUUUCGUUCGACACGUUUAUCAAGCAAGAAAAAGUAAAAAAUAAAUUUUAUGUUAAUUGGUUUCUUAAAUGCAGUUCUUUCCACCCAUGGCCUUAUUUAUUAUUCAUUUUCUAUUUUAUUUGUGUACCGCAAGAUUUUUUUAUUUUUAUUUUCUUCCCCAUUUUGAGGUGAAUUUGACCUAAAGUGUGCCUGUAUGUCCCACAGUCCAUCCUGAAGUGCUGAAACAUGUCCCGUGAUCGGACAUGUCAGUUUGUUCGAUUUUUGCCUUAUUCACAUGGCGCGGGCUAUAAAAUUGACUUCUGUGAGUAAUUUAUCAGAACAUGUGCUUUUGUACCGACUCUGAGAGCUGAGAUUCCAUAUUUCAGAAUACAGGAGAUGGCUGAAGGGGACAGACUCGACUAGGGGUUUUUCACUGAGAUUCAUUCACAUUGUUUCACCACAAAUACACUAUGGACCAAAGUUUUUGGCCAAAACGCUUCACUUGGGAUACGGGGUCUGAUUGAUUGGUUGAAACACCUGAAUUCAGUAAUAAUACAGGUUUAGCCAAAUACUUUUGUCCAUAAAGUGUACAUGAUGAACAAAUGGAAAAGCAAGAUGCAUUUCUUGUCUUUAGG